AUGUCGACAAUUCAACUGUCUUUCUCUCUACGCGUUUCUUCCGGCGUCAAGUCCGUCCAUCUCCUCGGAUCUUGGGACAACUACGUCGGUCAGAUACCCCUGUCCAAGGACAAGUCUUCCUCCAAGUCUGGAUCAUGGAAGGGCACAUUCCGAUUCCAGGGCAACCUCGAGCCCGGUUCCCGAUACUGGUACUACUACAUCAUCGAUGGCUACCACGUCUCGCACAACCCCAGUGAGAAGUCGACCGUCGAGCCCACCACUGGCCGGGAACUGAACAUCCUCGACGUCCCCAAGGACAAGUCAAGCAAAUCAUCCAAGUCUUCUUCUUCGCACCACAGCUCCAGCAAGAGCUCGUCGCGCCAUCACUCAUCGUCGCACUCGUCGUCCAAGGACAAGCACCGGUCAUCCAAGCGCGGUUCCCUCUCCGUCGACAUCCCCAAGGGCCGCCCUUUGUCGACCUCGCAGAUCGUAGCACCCAAGCCCAUGUCGCCGCACGCCACGCGCCACAUCUUGGACGCCGACUACUGCGACCAGGACACGAUCGAGGAGCUGACGGCGCGCUUUGGCAGCGCCGGCAUCGACGAGGAGGACAUCCUGGUGGGCGACUUCUCUAGCUCGCCUGUGUCUUCGUCGGGCUCCAGCCUGUCGUACCGCUCCGACAGCUCGUCGCCGAGCUCAUCUCUCUCGGGCUACAGCACCCCCGCCUCAGACUGCAGCAGCUGCACCUGCGAGCGCUACGGCAUCACCCGCAAGGGCGACCGCGUCAAGAUCGACUGCGGCGGCGCCCGCUGCGGCUUCAGCAGCGACGACGACAGCGCUUGCUCCAGCUCCGGCGAUGAGGAAGAGGCCUACGUGUCGCGCUCCUCGCGCCGCAAUGGCAUCGUCGUGCGCUCGUAA